AUGCCGUCCUCUGCGCACUCACCGCAAAAGAUCAAGCUGUGCGAGCAUGUAUUGCUCCAGCACUUUGGUCCCAUCGCUGCGCGGGUCGGUGCAUUGCUGCUCAAGCGUGGUCGGUUGACGAUCCGCGAGAUUGGCCGCUUCCUCAACCAAGCGCCAACACGGACCAAUCGCGGCCCUACAGACCCAUUCAGCAACCACAGCGCAAUCCACAGCAAGUCGACGCUGGUCUCGGCUCCCAUUGCAGGUGCCAGCUCCAGCUACAACACCAGCGAUCCCAAUGCUCCUGUUCCAGUACCCAAGUUUCUUGUAGAGCAGACCAUCAUGACGCUCAUCCAGCACGGAUGCGCCUGGCACAGCUCGACCGAUGCCAAUGUGGGCGACUCGAACCAGGAGUUCUUCGAGAUCAACAUCAAUGAGGUGCUCUUGCGCCUGCGCUUCGGCAGAUACAUUGGCAUCGCUGAAGAGGAGCUCGGCUCUACAGCGGCGAGGAUCGUCAAGCUCGUCUUGCAGCACGGCAAACUCCAGGCUAGCGACAUUGUCGAUCGCAUCGCUUCAGAGAUGGACGCGCAACGCAGAGCAGCCGCAGCUUCCACCGAUCCUCACAACAACGGUGACCCUCCAAACGGCACAGCGAACGGCUCGAACAAGCGAAAGGCAGACGCAACCGACGACCUCUCCCUUCUGCAUUCUGAAGUGGCUCGUCAGCUCACCGUGAUGCUCUUCCGAACCUACUUGCGGCCCAGCACGGCUCACCAGCAUGUUGCACCUCGAGACAAAGAGAUCAAGUACGAAGCCAAAUUGCGGCAAAAGCUGCGUGGCAUUCCCACACCAAAGGAGCUACAGAAGAUCAAGGAGGAGGUGCGCAUCAAGAUUGCCGAAGAAAGAGAAGCGGACUGGGAAGGAGCAGGCACGACCGUAGCGUUGGGCGCUGAUGGACUUGUAGCCGAUCGUCGCGAGACACGGCGUGGCUUGCUACGGAAACAACAAAGCGCCAUCGCCGUCGCUGGGGCAGCGAGCAAGAGCAAACGCACCAGGACCAGCGCCAAGGACAAGAAGGGCAAAGACAAGGGCAAGGACAAGAACGGCGUCAACGGCGUCCACACUUCGCCCAUCGUAGAAGGGUUCGACCCGGCAGACGACUACGAGAUCGACCCCACCGUCUGGUUGCGCGUCCACUUUGACCGCUUCGACGUCCACCUUCGCGAUGAGCUCAUGAUCGACGCGGUGCGGGAAAAGUACAACAACACCGCGGCCGAAGUGUUCCGGCAGCUCAUCCAGGCGGGCGAUGCAUCGACCAAAAAGUCGGUACGCGACGUCCGCAGUGCACCCAUCGCCAUCAGCAGUCUUGCCUACAAGAUGCCCUCCGAUCUGUCCCUGCAGAAAGGCUUCGACCGCCGGUCCUUUGGCAAGGACAAAGCCUCUCUGCCCAGCAAGCAAGAGUUCCUCGCCGAGUACUGUGCCAUCUUUUCGCACUCGGAAGACCUGACCGGCAAGGCCCUCCGACUCAUGGCUCCUGCCUCGGACAGCAGCACGAAGACCGCUGGCGGCUCCAAAGUCUCGUCGUCGCUCACGAUCGAGUUCAGCAACGUGGCCGAGCGAAUGCGCCGCGAUCUGCUGCGCAAUGUUGUCGAGGACAAGUUCGGCACUGCCGCCAUCCGGAUCAUGAACAUUCUCCGGGAGAAAGGCAAGCUAGAAGAGAAGCACAUCUCCAAGCUUGCGCUCGUCUCGAUCUCGGAGACGCGCGAUCUGUGCUCGAGGCUGUUCCACGCCUCGCUACUGGGUCUGCAGGAGGUGCCGAAAACGAAAGAUCGCGAUCCGGCAAAGACAUUCUUCCUGUGGUUCGUCGAUGAGGCCAAAUGCCGAGCGUGGCUGCUGGACCAUCUGUACCAGAGUUUGGCGAGGUUGGGACAGAGGAGGAACGACGAGAUGCGUAGACAGAUGCCCCUGCUCAGGAAGGUCGAGAGGAGCGAUGUCAAGCUGGAUACGGUGGGCCUGCUGACCGAAUGGGAGAGGGAAAGCUGGGCACGCUUGCAGAACACGCUGCAGAUGCUGACCGUGGCAGAGAUGAGAGUGGAGAUGGACGUGUUCGUCAUGCGCGAUUUGGCGAGCGGCACAUUCGUUGUCGAUGAGUAG